AUGGAUGACAACGCUCACGCUGCCUGCUAUAUCUUCAAACCUACAACACAAGAAGAUGGAGACAUCAAUCCUCGAACGCCCAAAAGGCGCAGGCUAGUCAAGCCAACGUCCAAGACUUUGGAAGAAGAUGCCCCUUGGCCACUCCUUCUUGGCGGACUGGAGUCGCAAGAGUCGGUAAAGCUGCGCAAGUCAUUGUUUGAGUCAACAUGGGCUACACAGCAAGCGAAGCUCGACAAGACGGGGCACACGGUCGACGAAGAACUCGUCGAAGAUGUACUAAAUUAUCGAGGUCGAGGGGAAACAGCAUCUCAAUCGGGCCAGGAAAGUCUACCUACUCAUUUACUGGUAGCAUCCGCAACGACACAACAUGAGUUUCACCAAACCUUAGAAAGAAGGAUGCAAGAGACCUCGGACAAGAACGAUAUCUUGGUGUCCCUUCAACCCACACAUUGCUCAAAUCUGCAGACUGCCCUGAAGACCAUCAUCAAGGCAUCAAUCGCUGGACGCCGAGGCGAGGAAGCUUACGCCGACUUCCUAGCGGAGAACAAGGCAUUAAUCCCGAUGAACUUCGAUCUCGAACUGCUCCACCGUUAUGUACAACAGGAAAAUGUCGAGCGGGUUCUCGUUUCUGUCACAGACGUUGAGACAUUUGACACGACUGUCCUGUCCGAGCUCGUGUCGACCUUCCACUCGUGGUCCGACAGGAUCCCCUUUAUGCUUUUCAUCGGUAUUUCUACCACGACCGAGCUCUUUGAGUCUCGCUUCUCGAGAGCAACAAUCAAUCUACUCGACGCUCACUUCGUCGAAACCAAGCCAUCAGGAGGAGCAGAGAGCACUCUGUUCAACAUGUACGAGACGCUCCAACAUGACACCGCGACUCACAUUUUCCUCGGCUCGUCGAUCGUCAACGUCUUGGCUGAACUAGCAGGAGCCCAGAGCACUACCCCGGACAAUCUUGUCCGCGCGUUGAAGUACGCCUACAUGUCGCACUUCUUUGCCAACCCUCUAGCCACCCUGACCGCGCAAUUCAAAACCCACGUCCAAUGGGAUCCGACACUAUGCGACGCAAUCCGCAAUCUUCCAACUUUCAAGGAUCGAUGCGAGGCCCUUGCGCAGGGCGAUAGAGCUCAGAGACAUAGGGCCCGCCAAUUACUAGCCUCCAAUGAGUCCCUCUGGACGGAAGCAAAGGCCGCCAUCCAAGCCGGCCAAGAGUACAUGUCCUCGUGUCUCGGCGCCAUCCGAACUCUAAGACACCUAUAUCACUCCAAGCUUCAUAUCCGCACUGACAAGAACACGCCAUGGGAGACUGAAUCGGACCUCCUGGCGUCACUACCGGAUCUGACCAGGUCAGACACGUUCAAAGCCAUCGAAGACGCGCUGAAAGUCCGAGGCAUAACGUCACUGAGCGAGAUGCUCGAUGGCGAGGCAGAGCCGGAGCCGGAGCCGGAGCCAAAAGAAAAGACAAAGACAACCCAACUCAACGACCUGCAGAACUAUCUCUCAGAAACCGGAAGCCCCGUCGACCAAGAAGCUGCCGCGGCCGCCGCAUUUCUGCGCGCCUACCUCCACCACCGAACAUCCAUUUCCCCGUCCUGUUCAUCACCACCGUCAUCAUCACCGCUCCAACCGGGCGUCAGCCCCUUCCGCCAAUUCCUCGCCGAAGCGUACACCAUGGCCCACAGAUCGCCGCUCUCGCAGAUCGUCCACCCGCGUCCGCGCCACUGCAUCGAGCGCGCCUUGGCCCGCCCGGCCGACUACUUGGGCUGUUCGUGCUGCGCUGGUGGUGGUAGUGCAGACGCCGCCACCACAACUACAGCGACCCUCCCGCCAACGAGUGUCCUGGUACAAAUGCUGAACGAAGCGGGCGCGGUGAUCAACGUCCGCGAUCUAUGGGACGCGUUCCGCGACACGCUUUCGUCAACGCGUCAUGGGGACGAAAGUCGCAGUGUGGAAGAUGAAGAUGAAGAAGAAGAAGAAGAAGAUGAGGACGGCACUGGAGCUGGAGCUGGAGCUGGGGCCAAAGCUCGAACCGAAAGACAAGUCCUCGCCCUGUUCUACCGCGCCUUGGCCGAGUUGCGCUAUUUGGGCUUGAUCAAGCAGAGCAGGCGGAAGCCUGGGGUCGAGUGUAUCCAGAAGACCGUGUGGAUGGGUCUCUAA